AUGGGUCGCGUACUUGUCUUCCUUUUCGACUUUCUUGCCUUGGGUGUUGCGACAUGGCUUGCCUACAAACUUGCUAUGUACGGCCGGCGUGAAAAAUAUCUCCCGCCUGGUCCCCCUACAACCUUCUUACUUGGUAACCUUCGUGAUAUACCCCCGAAGAAGGCUUUCCAUACGUUGGUUGGCUGGGCCAGGGAGUACGGCGAGAUCCAUUCUCUCAAGCUCGGCCACAAGACCACGAUUGUACUCAACAGUCCAGCAGCCGUUGAGGCCAUCAUGGAAAAAGGAAGUCGUGUUACCCAAAAUCGUCCCAAGAUGUGGCUCUUCGACCACUAUAUGUACGACCAUGACCAGGUGAUAUUCUCAAGUGUCCCUUCGAAGGUCUACAAGCUGCGCCGUGUCCUCGUCACGUUUCUCAGUCAGACGACUACUCAAACGUAUAUCCCCAUCCAGGAGUCGGAGUCCUGCCAACUUCUCUAUGACAUCAUGCUGCAUCCCGAUAGCUUUUUCAACAACAUCAAGCGGUUUACAAUUUCGCUGAUGUUCUCACUGUCGUAUGGAAUCCGCGCUCCCAGAUUUGAGAGUCCGCUUGCUGCUCUGUUUUACGAAGACACCGACAAGCUCAAUGAACUGGUUGCCGAUGUGUCCGCAUUGCUAGACUUCGUCCCGAUCCUGCGCGUAAUGCCAAACUGGCUAGUAUCCUGGCGAAAGCAGACCGACCUCAUUAAAUCCCAGGAGAGGGAGAUGACGUCGGAACUCAUGGACAAUCUCCUUUCUCGCAGGAGGGAGACCGGAGGCGGCACAAAUUCGUUCAUGGAGCAAAUUCUUGACAACCCAAAAGAGUUUGGGCUUUCGGAGAAUAUGAUGCAUACACUGCCCCUUAUCAUGCUGCAGGCUGGUGCUGGCACUACGGCUUCCGCUAUGUUAUCUGUGAUUCUGCUCCUCGUCGGUCAAGAUGAGGUGCUGGCAAAAGCGCAUGCUGAGUUGGACAUUGCUGUGGGACGCGACCGACUUCCAACAAUUUCCGAUAUGGAACAUCUACCGUAUAUUCAGGCGAUCAUCAAAGAGUCGGAACGGUUGCGCCCGAUAAAUCCCUUAGGAUUUCCUCAUGCUGCUACAGAAGAUCAGACGUACGACGGCUAUCUUGUCCCUGCCGGUGCAACAGUCUUGUACAAUACCUGGGCGCUAAGCCACGAUCCGGCGCUGUUCCCAGAUCCAGAGAAGUUUAUGCCGGAAAGAUGGUUAGAUCCCACAGUCCGCCAUGCAAACAUUUGGCCAUUUGGGUUCGGCCGCCGGGUCUGUCCAGGGAUGCACCUUGCAAAGAAUAGUGUGGCUCUCGUUAUCACCCGACUGCUAUGGGCUUUCGACAUAAAGAAGAAAGUGGACCAAGCAACUGGCCGUGACAUUGAUGUCGACACGCUCGACUACGCCGAGGGUGUUGUACUCUGCCCAAAUAAAUUCCCGGCCACCUUCAUCUUGAGAAGCAAAGAGAACGGAGAAACCAUUCGUCACGAAACGCGGGAAGCUAUUCCCCAGCUAGAGAGGUACAACUUAGGUAUGGCACAGAGCGACAAAGAUUUUGUUCAGCAAUCGAGAAUUGCACUCUAUUGA